CCCCAGCAGCAGGAGGCGCUGGCCAGGUUCCGGGACAACCCCAGGACCUGCUGCCCGCCCUGCCCAAUGCUGACGAGUACUUCCUCCUGCGCUGGCUCCGAGGUGAUCCAGCUGUACGACUCUGGUGGUCUGAGUGGCUAUGACUACGAAGGCUGCCCCGUGUGGUUCGACAUCAUUGGGACCCUUGACCCCAAGGGUCUUCUCCUGUCCGCCUCCAAGCAGGAGCUGAUCCGGAAGCGCAUCAGGGUCUGUGAACUGCUUUUGCGGGAGUGUGAGCUACAGAGUCAGAAGCUGGGCAGGAAGACUGAGAUGGUGCUGAUGGUGUUUGACAUGGAGGGGCUCAGCCUGAAGCACUUGUGGAAACUGGCUGUAGAGGUCUACCAGCAGUUUUUUGCCAUCCUGGAAGCAAAUUAUCCUGAGACGCUGAAGAAUUUAAUUGUCAUUCGAGCCCCCAAGCUGUUCCCCGUGGCCUUCAACUUGGUCAAGUUGUUCAUGAGUGAGGAAACGCAAAGGAAGAUAGUGAUUCUGGGAGGCAACUGGAAGCAGGAGCUGCCGAAGUUCGUCAACCCUGACCAGCUGCCUGUGGAGUUUGGGGGGACCAUGACUGACCCUGAUGGCAACCCCAAGUGCCUGACCAAGAUCAAAUACGGCGGCAACGUGCCCAGGAGCUACUACCUACGUAACCAGGUGAGGACGCACUAUGAGCACACGGUGACCGAGCACACGGUGACCGUGGCCCGAGGCUCCUUCGUGUGGGUGGAGAAUGGAAUCCUGUUCCCGGGCUGCUCAGGCAGGUGGCAGUUUGCAUCAGAAGGGGCAGACAUUGGCUUUGUUUUCCUGAAGACCAAGAUGAGUGAGCAGAAGCGGGCGGGGGAGAUGGUGGAGGUGCCCCCCAUCCAGCGCUACAAAGCCCACGUGGCACCGGAGGACGGGAGCCUCACCUGCCUCGAGGCCGGCGUCUACGUCCUGCGCUUUGACAACACCUACAGCCGGAUGCACGCCAAGAAGGUCCGCUAUACCGUGGAGGUGCUGCUCCCGGACAAGGCCUCCGAGGAGAAGAUUCAAGGUUUCGAGGCGAAGAGACCAUCCCCAGCGCAAUGAAGACCCCGGCUGCCUCUGUGCCUAUGCUCUUCAACCCCCAGCACCCCCUCCCUGUCCCCUGCCCUCCCAGGUGGGGUGGCGCUCGGAGGAGCCACUCACCCUGCGUCACCAUCUCGGCUCCUUGUGGGCCCACCAGGCACAGGGGCAGAGCAGGAAGGGACAUCCGAUGCAUCGGCCUCACUGAGGAUUCAGACCGGCACCUGGUCCCCUAUUUGCAGAGACUGAGGAUGAGAGCACCAAGGAUGAGCCCGGGUCCACCGAGGAAGUGUCCUGCCCCCAGAAGCUGCCCUUCUGUCACUCCUGACAAAGUCCACCAGUCCCAGUACUCACCCACACCUAGCGAUCUGACUUGGGGGUACGUGCACGAGCCCCAGGCCAUGCAGGGAGCAUAGUGUCAAGUCUGAAGAGCAGAGAAGCCCCCAUCUCUGCUCGUGGGGGCUCAGCAGGGGUGGACAGGGCCAGCUGGAGGUGGCCGGGUGGAAGGAUGGGGCCAGCUGGGUGGUAGAGCUGAGGGUCUUGGUUCUGGGAGGGCACCAAGGCCCUUCAGAGUUGUCCUCCUGCCUUUGGAGGGAAGAUCAGAAAUGGAGCAUGAGGCCCAGCAUGGAUAACCAUCGGGAGGAAAAGCCAUGGUUGGUCACACAGAGCUACACGGGUGAAGACUGAGUCUCUUGGAAUUCUCAGUGACCCUGGCCUCCUCCUCCCCACCUGCCAUGAUCCAGCUGACAUUCAGAUGGGGUUCUUUCUGGCUCUGAGUAAGGACCAGGACCGUAGCAGAGCUGGAGUGAAG